GCUGCUUUUCUUGUGUUCCAUAGUAAACGUAUCUUUCUCGUAUACUUGUGCACAAAUCCAUGGAGCUAGUAAAGUGGCAGUUUCGCAACCCCUACCACGACGCGCAGCACGACUCUACGCGGACAUUUUUAUUCGGCCCGCACACCGUCACGCUCUCCCAGCAGCCUGAGCUGCAGAUUGACCGUCACCACAACACCGGCUUCCUGGUCUGGGAUGGCGCGUACAUUCUCUCCACAUUCAUCCACCACCACCUGCAGCUCUCUGCCAAAUCCUGCCUGGAGCUUGGUGCUGGCAACGCCCUGGUCUCCAUUGUUGCCCGCCUCAAAGGGGCCGAGCGCGUCAUCGCCACUGACCUGGACGACUACCUCGAUUUCAUCAAGGGCAACAUUCAGCAGAACCCGGUCCCUGCUGGCGCUCCCUGAGAUCGAAGUCCGCCAUCUCAGGUGGGGUGAUGACCACCAGGGCAUAGGGAAAGUCGAUGUGGUGUUUGGAUCUGAGAUCCUGUACCUGCGGGACCUGCACCAGGCGUUGUUGGCGAACACUGCAGCAGCUCAUGCACAAAGACUCGGUUGCAUAUUUCAUUUAUAAGGAUCGCUCACUCGGCGAGCACGCAUUCCAGGCAGCCGCUGCACACAGCGGAUUCAAGAUUGUUGAACUUCCAAAGGCUUUUCUGGACAGCGAGUUCCAGGACGAUCCCGUACCAUUUGCUGCGCCUGCAGCUU